ACUCUCUCCCCACUCUAUUUCUCAUUUUUAAAAUCCCAAAGUUAAAAAAAAUAAACCAAUAAACCGUUUCACAGUGCUUGAGUCUCUCACACACUCACAGUACAAAAUGAAAAUGCUUUUCUCCUCCAAAACCCCCCUCAGAUCGCUGCUAAUUUCCCUCUCUUUUUUCAUUCUUUUUCUCUGAUCCCUCUCCUUCAUCAUUUUCACUAUUAAAACCCCAAAUCUAAACCAAGAUUCAAAUUCAAAACAACACUCUCGUUAUGGCUGAUAAUCUAGACGACGGUGAGUUUUGGCUCCCUCCUAAGUUCCUCAACGACGACGACACGUCGUUUAACCUCCAAGACGUCACCGUUUCGAGGGCUAUGUUCCCCUACCUGAUUUCUCCGGUGGACUCUUGUGAGACCGAGAGCGACGAGGAAGAACAACAACAACUCGCUGAGUUGACUCGCCAAAUGGCUCGCUCCUCACUCGGUCUCGAUCUCAGUAACCACCACUCCUCCGCCGCAGAAAAACCCAAGGGUUCGGUGAAAUCUGGUUCGCCGCAAUCGACGCUGAGCGCGAUUGGAAGCAGCGGGAAGGGUUCGAGCCCGAACGACGCCGUUUAUGAGGCGAACUCGCAGGAGGCGACGUGGGAUCUGCUGCGUGCGGCUGCAGGGGAAGUUGAGAGGAUGCGCCUCAACGAAGAACAGCGUUACGCGUUUGUGAAGCAGCCCUCACAUGGUGUUGGAUUUUACUCUCAGCAGCAGCAGCAGCAGCAGCAGCAAUUGCAGAUAGCACAAUUUGAGAUGUUGAGGCAGCAACAGAUGGCGAAGAAUCAGCAGCAGCAACAGGAUGUGGUGUGGGCCUGUGGUGGUGUGCAGGGGAGGAAUGACCAGAUGGUCCCCAACAGAGGAAGGAACAACAACAGCAACAGUAACGUUCGGGGUGGUGGUGGCGUCAUGGGUUUGUCUUCAUCUGCAUGGCCUCCACUGCAAAACGCCAAGCAUCACCAGAACCAGCAGCCAUUUGGGUCUGGCAUGAGAGCCGUUUUUCUUGAGAAUCCCUCUGUCAAGAAGGAAAGAACUGGCACCGGUGUCUUCUUGCCUCGUUCUGCUAAUGCUCCCUCUGAAUCACGCAAAAAGCCAGGGUGUUCAACUGUGUUGGUUCCGGAUAGGGUGGCGCAGGCUCUGAAUCUGAAUUUGGACGGCGGCAUGGUUGGCCGUCAGAGACCCCACCAGCAUCAUCAUCAUGUCAAUGGGGUUUCAAAUAUUGAAAAUGUAUCAUCUGUGGUACCAAGGGUUCGGAGCAGCAGUUAUGGUGUUUCUCAACAGAAGCGGAAUCUGAGGCCGCAGCCACCGGUGAACCAUGAGAUCCAUUUGCCUAAGGAAUGGACUUAUUGAUCUUGGGUACAACAAGUUUUCUGCAUUGGAUGGGAAAAAAGGGUUUUUUUUAAGGGACUGGUUAGAAGAUAGGACAAGUUUGAUGACAGUUUUUUGGGGUUUUCUUCUUUUAGGGGGAAAAGGAAUAUAGAAAGAAGAAGAAAUAGUUUUAUUUUGUUGUUUGGAAGGAAGGAAAAUUAGGGGUGCUAAAAGAAAGAAAGCACAAUAGGGUUUUUGGUAUUUUUAUUUGGUAGUUAAAGCAGAAAAUAAUUCUGGGCCUCAUGAAAAAGCAAUGUGUGCAAGCAAACAGUCAGCAUUAGCAGCAGAAAAUGGCAGUGAUAUGAGUAGCUUUUUUUCUUCUUUUCCUGAUGGCUUGGGAAAUGCAACAGCUGUGUAAUGUGCUGGAUGGGUUAAUUUUUGUUUUUAGUUUAAAUAAAAAAAUAAAAUUUGGGAAAGUUGAUCAAAGCCUUCACAAAGAAGGUUGGGGCCUAAUUUGUAAGGAUUACAGCCUAUCAUGUUACUGAAUUUCUCUGUAAUCAUUUGGGGGAAUUACUUUAUCAGUAAGAUCUGAUUACAGCCAGUCCACCCUAUAUAGAUAAUAAUGAAAUGAAAUGUUUGAAUCUCUUUUAUUA